AUUUCGUAGUAAAUUUGUUACCGUUAGUUCGUGUUUAUAGCAACGUGAAUUUAGUUACUCAUUCAGUGAAAAGAUACAAAUUUUUGUGAAAUAUUUUUUAAUUAAAAAAUGGCGUCACGUGAAGAUUUUUUUUCAAAAGAAGCAUCUCUUAUUAAUAGUUCGAAACGACAGCUGGCCAAUGGACGUGACAAAGAUCCAAUCGAUAAGCUUCGUUUGCUUUGUUUCAGUCGUGGUGCCACCGGAAUUUUGGGCUUAGCUAGAACAUUUCGUAACAUGGACGAUGAUGGAAGCAAAUCAUUGAACUUAGAGGAAUUUUCAAAGGGCAUACGUGAAACGGGUCUCGAAGUGACGGAUGAAGAGAUCAACCAAAUGUUUUCCAGAUUUGAUGAGAACAAUGAUGGCACAAUUAAUAUGACAGAGUUCUUACUUAAAUUAAGGCCACCAAUGUCCAAUGCACGCCUGAAUAUAAUAAACAAAGCUUUUGAAAAAAUGGAUAGAACUGGUGAUGGGAUCAUAACGAUCGAUGAUUUGAAGACAGUAUACUCAGUUAAGGAUCAUCCAAAAUAUUUAAGUGGUGAAAUGACAGAAACCGAGAUAUUGACACAAUUUCUGAACAAUUUUGAAGGUGAAAACGGCAAUCGUGAUGGUAAGGUGACAAAAGAGGAGUUUGUGAACUAUUAUAGCUCAAUCAGUGCAUCUAUCGAUCAUGACGCCUAUUUUGAUUUAGUCAUGAGACGAGGUUAUAAGUUGUAAACAUUACAAACAAAUUAAUAUAUAUUUCUAUUAAUUUUUUUAAUAUAUUUAACAACUCAUGAAGCAAUGA